AUGGCAAAUCAACAAAAUUUUAUCCCCAUGAAAAUUUGUGCUUCUACAGUAUAUUCCAUAAUGAAUGGACAUUCAAUUCUCUUUUGCAGUUUCCUACUUCCUAAGGCAAGAUCUAUGACCUAUUGGAUUGGUGAAGGUACGUCAGAGACAGGAAGGCAGAGGCCAAACAAAAGUACUCUCCCUCUCAUUGAUCAGUUGCUGGCCGUUCUUAUGCGUCUGAAGGUUGGGCUUUUAGUAACUGAUAUUGCUGAACGGUUCGGAAUCUCAACAUCAAGAUUUUCUUCUUUUUUCACGACAUGGAUUUGUCUUCUUCAUGCUGAGCUCUGUGCUCUGAAUAAGUUUCCCUCAAGAGAAAAAAUUGCAUCUUGUUUGCCUGAAUGCAUGAAAAAGUUUCCAAAUUUAAGAGUAAUUCUUGACUGUACUGAAAUAUAUAUUCAGAAAUCAUCAAGUUUAGUUAACCAGAAUUUAACUUUUUCAAAUUAUAAACAUCAUACAACAAUGAAGUUUUUGAUAGGAAUUUCACCUGCUGGAGUAAUUUCUUUUGUGUCAAAUGCAUGGGGUGGGAAAACUUCAGACAGACAGAUGGUUAUUGAUAGUGGGUUUUUGGAUUUAUUAGAACCAGGAGACAAUGUAAUGGCCGAUAAAGGUUUUACAAUUAGAGAUUUACUGCAAGAAAGAGGUUGUACUUUAAAUAUUCCACCAUUUAACACCAAAGGACAAUUUUCAGUUGAUGAAAUCCUGUACACACAAGAAAUUGCAAAAGUUCGCAUUCAUGUUGAGAGAAGUAUAGGUAGGAUUAAAUGUUUUCAUAUUUUUGAUGGUGUGAUGCCACUUUCACUUGCACCUCUGUUAAAUCAAAUGUUUCAAGUUGCCAGUUUCUUGACAAAUCUUGAUGUUCCACUUAUUGAAAAUUAAAUGU